AUGGCGAAUAAAGAAGGGAAUCCGUCACCAGGUGCACCUCAAAGUCGUAAACGACGGCUUCGUGUUUCAGCAGAGAUGUAUACAUCCAAUCCGUCGACAGAUACGUCAACAUCUUUUAAUGCAAAGAAUACAAAUAACCAACCAAGAAAAAAAUCUGAUCUUUCCUGUGUCGUUUGUUGUGGUUCAGCACAUGGGUACAAUUUUGAUGCAAUAUCAUGUGAAUCUUGUAAAGCAUUUUUUCGAAGAAAUGCUCUUCUUAAUACGGAGCGCUUAAAAUGCCGUCGUGAUGGUUGUUGCGAAAUAACAUUAGAAACACGACGACGAUGCAAGUCAUGUCGAUUAAAAAAAUGCUUUACCGUUGGGAUGCGCAAAGAAUGGAUAUUAACUGAAGAAGAAAAGGUAAAUAAAAAACGUCGUAUUGAAGAAAAUAGACGACUUCGUUUAACCAAUGUGGAUGAAACAUUAUUGUCACCAAAUGCAAUUUCAAAAGAACGUAUGGAUAUAACUGAAAAGCAAGAUUUAGAUUUACAGACUGUAGUACUCAAUAAAAAUCCAGCAUAUCCAGUAAAAACAGCACCAAUUGUACGAACCAAUGACUUUUUUGACUAUGUAAUUACUGCUUUUAAUGAUGGAUUUAAAUUAAAUCCGACUGCUAGUUAUGGUUGGUCGUAUCCAUUGGCAAAGAAAAUUACUGCUUUAUAUCAGAUACUUCAAACAAAAAAUACUACAGCACUUCGGCUGAUUAGCUUUUUCAAACGAUUAUCAGAAUUCGAUACUCUUAACGAAAUGGAUAAAGUGAAUCUUGUAAAAAAUAAUCUAGCCUCUAUUUUCUUCUUUCAUGCUGCUCUUGGAUAUGAUCCAAUCAAUGACAUUUAUCAUGAAGGCAUUCUUUCCAAUGAUACACUUCUCUAUGGCAGCGAUAUUCGUGAAGCACAUGGAAAUAAUAUUCAUGUACGCUGUAUUUUAAUAAUGCGUUCAUUGAGCUCAAUAGUUCAAAUGGAUUCACGAAUCAUGCAAUUAACGCUGGUUAUAUUUCUUUUUGCGAGACGUCUUUCUAACACGAUAAAUAUCCGAGAGCCACCAUUAACUAAUCGACAACAGGUAUUUGAAGCACAGAAUAUUUAUGUUGAACAAUUAUGGACAUUUUUGGAAAGACAUUUUGGAAUAGCUCGAACUAUUCGUACUUUCACAACACUAAUAAGUAAAUGUUUACUUAUCGAUGCACUUUUUCGUGAUAUUCAACAAGAUAUACAUGAAAAUGUAGAUCUUAAUCAUGUACCGUCUAUCAUGCGGACUCUUAUAGAUAUGUCAUAA